UCUCAGUAUAAUUUUGGCCCUGGUCUAAACUUGGAGAAAACUCCACUUAUGGGCUUUAAGGCGGUUUCUAAACCAAACAGCCCAGCCCAACUUAACCUCUUAUGACUCCCUCCGACCGUCGGAAUCUCACAAACCCUGACCGUCCGGCGAUCCCACGGCACACGCUUCUCUCUCUCUCUCUUCACAUUUCCGACACCUCGCCGAUUCUCUCGCUCGUCUCAACACCCGCAAUCACAGCGUAGCCCUUCGCCCAGUCCUAUCGUUUGGAGUUUAGAGUGGUUGCAAACUGGAAAAUCUUCCGCUGGGUAUUCUUGAUUCAGUAUGGGGAGGGUUAAGCUAAAGAUAAAGAGGUUAGAAAGCACAAGCAACCGGCAAAUAACGUAUUCAAAAAGAAGGAAUGGCAUCUUGAAGAAAGCUAAAGAAUUAUCGAUAUUAUGUGACAUCGACCUUAUCCUUCUGAUGUUCUCUCCAACUGGGAAGCCAACAUUGGUCCGUGGGGAGCGCAGCAGCUUUGAAGAGGUCAUUGCGAAAUUUGCGCAGUUGACACCGCAUGAAAGGGAGAAAAGGAAGCUGGAGAGCCUUGAAGCACUGAAGAAAACUUUUAAGAAGGUAGACCAUGAUGUAAAUAUUCAAACGUUUUUGGGUCCAAGCACUCAAUCAGUUGAGGAAUUGUCCAAUCAAGUAAAGAUACUACAAGCUCAACUUUCAGAAGUUCACAAGAGACUGAGCUAUUGGAAUAAUCCUGACAAGAUUGGCAACAUUGAACAUCUUAGCCAAAUGGAAGACUCGCUAAGAGAAUCACUCAACCGUAUUCGGAUGCAAAAGGGAAGUUUCGCAAAGCACCCUCUUAUGCCCUUAGAAUGCACUAGCCAGUUCCAGAAUGGUAUGCAUUUACCCUUGAUGAUGGGUUCUAUGCAAGAAUCCCAAGCGUUGUCGUGGCUUCCAAAUAAUGAGAAUCAACAUAUGAUGUUAACUGGAGAGCCAAACUUUCUGCUUCCAAGAGAUAUGGAUUGCUCUACUGAUCCUUCACUUCCAAAGUAUUCCAGUUAUUUUGGAUCUGGCAAAACAGCAAUUGAUAGUACUAUACAAGGUCAUAAUACUGGAGUGGAAGAUACCACUGCAUGGUUGAGACUACAACUCGAUGAGCAAUAUCCAUACCCUUCGUAUGGUGGUCUCGAUUUGCCGGAUGCAAAGAAAUUGAAGCCUGAUUCAGAGAUGAACUUCCAAGGAAAUCCAUUUGAUUAUGAGAUUAAUAGCAAUUUUCAACUGCUAAGACGUAUGUGUGACGACGAUGUUCAUCACGCUUGGAUUCCUCCAUCUGAGCCUUUUACCACUUCCAUGCUCAAUGGCAACCCAUUCUCACAGCAACCAAAUUAAGUCCACAUCCCUUGCACCGUUCAUUGAGGCACCGAGAAUGGUACCCGCAAAACUCAAGUUGCACCACCACUGCCUUGCUUCGAACGGAGAGUUAUUGAUGAUGCCAUGUUUCACUUUGCAUCACUAUCAGAUGGAAAAAAACUCAUUUUUGCAGUACCGCUUGAUGGAGCCUGUGAUAUAACCCAAAAAUGAACUUGGUAAGCGAACUGUGAACCGUAUAGUGUAAGAUACAAUCAUACACGGUUGUAAGUUGGUCCAUGUAUUUCAUUUCUCACAUUAUUUGGCUGAGAAAGUUGCUUGUUGUUCGGUUGUCUGAUGUAAAAAAACACUCUAUACCACAAAAAUGAAACUAGUUACGCAAAAUAAUCA